GCCGCCGACUCACCUCACCUUCCUCCCGUCCUCCGCCGCGCCCACCUCUCUGCCAUUUAUCCUUCGGGUGGGCUUGUAUUGCAAUUACAGCUCUUUGCUGGUCCUUUCGUCUCGUUCUAGAGUAUGAGGCCGUCCACAGCGACCGCUCUCUCGGCCAGGGCACGAUGGAGUAGCAUCCAACCACUCGCCGCCUCACCCUCGAGCUUCCACGGCCGAGCGGCGGCAUAUAGGCGGUUAUCUACAGCGCCUUUAGUUGCGCGGUCACAGGCGACGCAGCGACCAUCUUUCGCAUCCCGAGACCCCCAGUCCUCCCCUUUCCUGUUCCUGCGGAGCGACUUCCUACCGCAGAAUGUCCUCUUCCGCACUUCCGCCACAUACGCCCGCCAAUUCUCCUCCCGCACUGUGCUAUUCCAGCAGGCGCAGAAGCAAGCCGAACCUGAAGCGAAGGGAAGAGACUCGGAGUCGCAACCAGACACCAAGCAGCACUCUUCUGAAAGCGCCGCGGGAGAGAAGGCAGGAGAACAGGGAAACGAGGGAGAAGCGGGAGAAAAGAAGGCCGGCGAAGAGGAGUCUGGGCAGAAAGAAGGUGGCGAGGAAGGCAAGGAGAGCAAGAAGGAUGCUCCUCCGCCUCCCCCUCACGGCGACAAGACACCCUGGCAGGUCUUCACCGAAACGCUGAAGUCAGAAUUCCAGGCUUCGAAGGAGUGGAAUGAAUCCACCAAGCAAUUGUCGGCGGGCGUCCACGACUUCACUCAGAACCCGCACGUACAAAAAGCUCGGAACACGUACACCCAAGUCACUGAUGCGGCGACCACAAAAACCGCCGAGGCAUUGAAGACGACGGGGAAAGCUCUUGGUCAUGGUGCGGCUUGGACUUGGGAUACAGCUCCUGUGAAGGGCGUUCGCAAGGUUGCGAAUGUUACCGGAUCUGGCCUGGAAUACGUGACCCGGCCGGUGCGGCAGUCGAAGGCAUUCCAGGCUGUGAAGGAGACUGUGGACGAUGGUAGCUCGUCAAGGUAUGGAGGGUGGCUCGAGAAGGAAGAGCGUAGAAGGAGGCGGGAGCUGAGAGAGCUCAAUGAGCUACAGCGAACCGGCGGAAAGAAGCCAGACGAGCCGAUGGAGGAGGAUCCCGAUGCCGGAACACAUGUUACUCUGCACAAAGAUGCUCGCUACAAAGAAAUUUGGCGAGAAUUCAAGGAUAACUCACUCAUUAUGCGACGCUUCGACAGCAUGAAGAGCGUGUACAACGAGUCGGACAAUCCCCUCAUCUCAACGGCGCGCAGUAUUUCGGAUCGCAUAACGGGCUUUUUCGCGGAGAACGAGACUGCAAUGGUCAUCAAGAAGUUCCGAGAAAUGGACCCGAACUUCCAAUUGGAACCCUUCCUGACCGAAAUGCGCGAAUAUAUACUCCCAGAAGUUUUGGAUGCAUACGUGAAGGGCGACACCGAGACGCUGAAGCUUUGGUUGUCGGCAGCUCAAUACUCGGUGUAUGCGGCCCUGAUGCAGCAAUACACCACGGCGGGCCUGAAGUCGGACGGACGGAUCGUGGAUAUCAGGCAUGUCGACAUCCUCAAUGCCCGGUUGCUGGAACCAGGAGAGAUUCCGGUCUUUAUCAUUACCUGCAGAACGCAAGAGGUUCACACUUACAGGAACGCCAAAACCGGCGAUCUCGCCGCCGGCAUGGAUGACAAGGUCCAGCAGGUCACGUAUGCCAUUGGUGUGACGAGGAUACCCGAGGACGUGAGCAAUCCCGAGACGAGAGGAUGGAGAUUCAUCGAGCUCCAGAAGAGCGCUAGGGACUACUAUUGAGACAAUCGCCCCUUUGAUGCCACUGUUCCCAUUCUUAUACCGUUACAUCUGUCCUUGUAUCGUCUCAUCUGGCACUCUCGGUUCUCCGGCAUAUCCAGGCGUCCAAAAGGUCAACCAUUUAUUUUCUUUACACCUGUUUUACUACCACUCCCCUCACGAGGGGAUAAUUUCUCUUCAAUGUAUGUAGCUCGGUUACUUUGAGCUAUGGAAGCGGCUGGGCG